AUGAGAAAAGAAUUUAUUAAACCAUCAAAAGAAUUUAAGAAUGCAGUAGAUAGAGCCAUUAAAGGAACAGACCCUUAUUUAAAGUUGAAGAACGUCUUUGCAAUUUUUGGAAACUUCAUUGCUCAACGAGUUAUAUUAGGCCAUAAGCUAUUCAAUUACGCUGAAAUAGAUUAUGCUAAAAUAGAUAAAAUUAAAGAAGAUAAAAUAGAAUGGACAACUAUUGAUAAUUUCAGAAAAAUCUCAAAAAGUUUAGAAGUCAUGACGGUGCAUAUUAAUAAAAAUGAUGGUUUUCUAACUCCCAAAGGCCAAAUGAUUGGACGAGAUAAAUUUGAUAGUUGGAUUGAGUCUUGCUAUAAAAAUCAUGCUAAUUUACAAGCUGUUGGUUACGGAGAUUUAGUUGCAAUUUAUGAAAUUUUUGAAGAACCUAUUUGCAGUAGGAUUAAGUCAAUUCUUAAAACUCAUGAGCACAAAUAUUCUUUGUUAAAAACUUUAGGAUCAAUUGAAGAUGACAUGUUCAGAACACAUCAUUCUUUGUUAAAAAAUACAUAUCCAAAAUACCUGAAAUUGUCAGAUAUCAAACAAGAAAUACUCAUGACCGAUAGUGUGCAAGUUGAUUCAUCUGUAAUAUAUUAUCGUAUUAGGUUUAAAAAUAAAUUAAAAAGCAACGAUUAUCAGCUUUAUGGAAGUAUUACAUCAAUAUUUGGAGAACAAAUUAACGAAAAAGUUAUUAAGUUUAAAGCGACAAAUGUCUUCGGUUUUACUGUGAUAAUCAAAACUAUUGGUAAAAAUCAAAACUUUAUUAUUUUAAGAGCUGGCUCUCAAGAGAUUACGCUAAAUCAAGAGGAUAAUUGUGUUAUUUCUCUACCUAUGCUACCAAAACUUCCUAUAAAUUCUGUGUUUGCUCAUACAUUUAAAUAUCCAUCAUCAAACAGUGAUUUGUCACUCUUAGCACAUAUUAAAUUUUAUGAUAUCACAAUCGGGCAGUUUAUUUUUGAGGAAGAUCUUAAUAGAACUAUUAGAAUGAUAAAAAAAGAGCCAUCGGCAAAAACUCAUGUAUUACGAGAGUUACAGGAAGAACAAGAUACCGACCAAGAUGAUGAUAAAGCAGAUUUGGCUAAAAAACAUGGAGAGUUACUAGAAGAAACAAAGUAG